AUGUCUGAACCAGCAAAGAACUCGCCCAUCAUCAUCGUCGGUGCAGGAACCUGGGGCAUCAGCACCGCCCUCCAUCUCGCCCGCAGAGGAUAUACGGCUAUCAAAGUGCUCGAUCCUUACCCGGUCCCCUCGCCCAUCUCUGCCGGGAACGAUGUGAACAAGAUCCUCGAGCUUGCCGACAGCCCGGAGACAAACUACGUCUCUACCACCCUCGCAAAGGCGGCGGUCAGCGGGUGGAACGAUCCAGUCUUCCAGCCUUACUUCCAUGAGACUGGUGCCAUCAUCGCAGCCACCUCGGUGGGUGCAAGGGAGUAUAUUACGUCCGGCGGCGGCAUGACGGCUGCUAAUGGCUGGAUACCACUGUCGACGGCACAGGAGUUCCGUGACACGAUGCCCGAGGGUGUGUUGACGGGGGACUUCCCUGGCUGGAAAGGCUGGUGGAAGAAAGACGGAGCCGGCUGGGUGGCAGCUCGCAAGAGCAUGGAGAGUGCUGCGAGAGAGGCGGCCAGGUUGGGAGUUACGUUCAUUUCUGGACUCGCGGGGAGAGUCACUGAGCUUGUCUACGCGGAGGACGAGGAUGGGGCCGUAAGGGGGGUUCGCACUGCGGAUGGCCAUGUCCAUAUGGGUGUAAAGACCAUUCUAUGCGCCGGGGCUGCGGCGGAGAGUCUGCUGGACAUGAAAGAUCAAUUGAGACCCACGGCAUGGACGCUGGCACAUAUCAAGAUGACGCCGGAGGAGGUGAAGCUCUACAAAGACCUACCAGUUUUGUUCAAUGUCGAGCGAGGGUUCUUCAUGGAGCCAGACGAAGAUAAGCACGAACUGAAGAUAUGUGAUGAGCAUCCUGGAUACUGCAAUUGGGUCAUGGAGGGAGGGAAACUCAGGAGCAAGCCGUUCGCAAAGGAGCAGAUUCCCAUAGAGUCUGAGCGGCGAGUGCGUCAGUUCCUCAGGGAGACGAUGCCAUACCUGGCUAACAGGCCGUUUAGUUUCGCCCGGAUAUGCUGGUGCGCCGAUACUCCAGACCGCAAGUUUCUCAUCGGCACACAUCCAGAGCAUAAAGACCUGGUGCUGGGUGUGGGCGGUUCAGGUCAUGGAUUUGCCCAUAUUCCAUCCGUUGGCUCGUUCAUCGCAGAUGCAAUGGAGAUGAAGCUGGAUCCGAAGCUGGCGGAGGCAUUCAGAUGGCGACCGGCGACAGCGGUUGGACGGGACUGGGGGGCAUUGCAGGACCGCUAUGGGCCUGAUGGGAGUAACCGUGUGAUGAACUUCCAGGAUAUCAAUGAGGACGGGUGGACGACUAUCGGAUUAGAUCAGACGAGGGUCUAG